UGAAUGGUGGGUGGGGGAUCUGACAUUAGGGAGACAUUAGAGAGAGACAGAGAGAUGACUGUCUUGCCUCAGAGGGCCAAAGUAAAAAAAAAAAAAAAAAAAAACGCAAACAGAGAUUUGUGACUAGAGGUGGAGUUAGAUGGGGAGGUGAGACAUAAGGGCUUGAACCAUGUGCAGAGUGGCUAAGAGAGAGUGAGCUUUAGAGAGAGGAAGAGAGAAAGAGGCAGAGGCCAGUGCGGCAGUGACAGAAAGAGGUGGUGAGGGGGCAUGCAAGGGGGAGGAAGUCAGAUAAUCAACGCGGGAAAUGACUGUGUAAAUUGUUUGUCGCUGCUGCAUCCAGAGACCGGGGCUGUUCUAAAAACAGACAUGAAUGGUGAUGGCAGCAAACAGCGCUAUGUGUCAACUUUCAGGAUUCACAUCAAGCCACGGGGGAGCGGCUCAGCAGCCAGCACCACCAGCACCUCAGGACCUGUUAAUGAUACAAACAAAACUGCUAAUAAAGGGUCCCACAGCCUCUCCCCUGUCAGGAGACUGGAUCCGCCCGUCUUCACUCAGCCCAUAGAGGACUGCUGUGUGGACGAAGGAGGUGACAUCACACUGCGCGGGGUCCUCAUUGGAAGCCAGCCAAUCAGGGUGUCGUGGUUGCACAAUGGUGAAGUAGCCCAUUUUGGGAAGCCUUCCUUCAAUGGCAGCGAGGUGAGUUUCUCAGUGAGGGAGUGCCUGCCAGAGGAUGCUGGUGCCUACACCUGCUUGGCAGAGAACAGCGUGGGCAAGACAUCCUGCUGCGCCGCUGUGUUUGUCAGAGACUUUGAAAGUAUCUGCGGAGUGCAGAACAGUAUUUCAGACAUCCCAGCUCCUGCCUCCAAGAGCACCAUGGAAAACGGAGGGUCACCUCGGUCUCCAAAAGACGAUUUAAAGGACCUCAGAGGAUCUAGCUCCCCUACAGUCACUGACAGCCACAGCGCAACGGGGCCUCAAAGAGAAGUCAUCCCAAAGAGGAGAGCCAACUCCGGGACAGCACUACAUUUUAAGAACCCACCACAGCAGCUCAAAGUGAAGACAGGAGAACCUGCCCGUCUGACGUGUUUUUUCACCAGCAGCCCCCCUGUGGUGUCCUGCUGGAUCAGAGACAAAGAGCAGAUAGUGGAUGGGCCAGAGCUGUGGACAGAAAAUACUGACCAGAGCAGCACACUGUGUAUAGCAGAGGCUAAGCCACAGCACACGGGACGCUACACCAUUGCUGUAAAGGAUCGGAAGAGCUCGGCACAGCACACGCUCAUCCUCUCCGUCAUAGAGAAGCCGCAGCCUCCUGCAUCCUGCCCUGUGGUCUCCCUCGUCUCAGCCAGCAGCGUGGUCCUGUCGUGGUCGGGCCCCUGCUACGACGGUGGCAGUGCUAUCCAGGGUUACGUGGUGGAGGUGAGGAGCCCAGGGCCCACUGAGCCCGGGGACUGGAGAGAGCUGACUGACCAGUGUAAGAGCACGUCGUACAGGGUGUGCUCUGGGCUGCGGCCUCAGGAGGAGUACUGUUUCAGAGUGAAGGCCUACAACGCCGUGGGAGUGAGCGAACCAGGCCCAGAGUCGCCAGUGGUUAGGAUGGAGCAGAAAGUUUCAGAAAAGCCACAGGAAGAGUCCCCUGAGAUGUACACACAUAUCACUAUCGACGCUACCCACAAGGUCACAGAUCACUACAAUUUGCUGGAAAAACUGGGAGUGGGAAAGUUCGGCCAGGUGUUUAAACUAACCCACAAAGAGACGGGACGUGUGUGUGCUGGGAAGUUCUACAAAGGCCGUCGUGCCAAAGAGAGGGAGGCCGCUCGUAAAGAGAUAGAGCUGAUGAACUACCUCCACCACCCCAAGCUGGUUCAGUGUCUGGCGGCAUAUGACAACAAGCCUGAGAUGGUCAUGGUCAUGGAGUUCAUUGCAGGUGGGGAGCUGUUUGAACGUAUAGUGGAUGAUAACUUUGAGCACACGGAGCCUGCCAGUGUGCGCUACAUGCAGCAGAUCCUGGAGGGGAUUGCCUACAUGCAUCAGCAGAACAUCAUCCAUCUAGACCUCAAACCUGAAAACAUUGUAUGUGUCGACCACACAGGCACUUCCAUUAAGGUCAUUGACUUUGGAUUAGCCAGCAGACUUGACCCCAACACACCUCUGAAGGUGAUGCAUGGGACUCCGGAGUUUGUGGCCCCAGAGGUGAUCAGCUAUGAGCCUGUGUGUUUGGCCACUGACAUGUGGAGCAUUGGCGUCAUCUGCUACAUAUUACUCAGUGGCGAGUCUCCAUUCCAGGGUAACAGCGACGAUGAGACCCUGGCUUUGGUGACAGCUGCCCAGUGGGAGUUUGAUGAGGACAGUUUUGAGGAGAUCACGGAGCAGGCCAAAGAUUUCAUCAGCUCCCUGCUCAACAAGAACACCAGGAGGAGGAUGACGUGUGAAGAGGCCCUUGCCCACCCCUGGAUGGCAGCUUUUGACUCUGGAGACCCCAGCACCACCAAGAGCCUGUCCAAAGAGAAGAUGAAGAGGUUCCUAGCGAGGCAGAAGUGGAAGAAAGCAGGGAAGGCCUUGCUAGCCCUUAAGAGAAUGGCCAUGCUGUCUAAAGGAGACAACCCUGUAUCCCCUACCAGCCCUGGAGAGGACUCCCCUCUGACGCCGGAGGCAGAGCACGCCCUUCAGUCUCUGGAGCUGAAGAUGCAGGGACCUCCGCAGUUCUCCCAGAGUUUGGAGGACCAGACAGUGGCCCAGGGAUCCAGAGCCUGCCUCUCCUGUCACCUCACAGGAUACCCUGAUCCAGAGGUGGUGUGGCUGUGCGGGGAGGAGCCUGUGGUCGAGUCCUCCGGAGUGCAGAUAGAGUAUGACGAAGACGGCCGUUGUACGCUCGUCUUGGCCAGCGUUGGCCUAAGGGACACCAACACCUACACCUGCAGAGCCACCAAUGACCAUGGGGAGGCUUCCUGCUCUGCCAAACUAAUUGUUAAACAGUAGUUUGGUCGUUUUUGUCAGGACGCAUGCUUCAGCACAUAAUACAGAUAUAUAAAACUUUAUAGACACCAUCAGUGUCUGUGAAUUAUAUUUUCAAACUUUUCAUAAUGUUUCUUCUUGAGUGCCUUGAAAUAUCGUAUUGUGCAUUCCUGUUUUUGACUGUUGAUACAAAUGGGAACCACAACAGCCUGAUGUACAUUCUGUACUGUAUGCAAACAAUGUGAUAUUGCAUGAAAUUUAUUUAAGGGUGAAUUAUUAUUACAGAGAUACAUGCAUUUCAUAGAUGAACAUGGUUGGAAAAUAAAUUGCGUUUACAUUUGCAAUGUUACAGAGCAGUUUGCACACCCUAACAUCUACAGCUCACAUUUUAUUAAUGUGUGACUAAUGCUAUAACAUCAUGGCAAGCAGAUUAUAUAGUAAACAGAUUCCCUUUCCUACCUUAGCAUUAAUAAAGUGAGAUAUCUCUUUUUCAAAGCAUGAAGACCGACCCAGACUUUAACUCAUAUUGCUUGAAUCACGCGGUGAAGAGCAGAAAACCGCUGAAGGUGUUGUAGUUCAUGUUAUCAUCAUAGAUCAACCUGUUUGCCGCAAGCUCUACGUACACCCGGUCUCCCACCUCCAAGGAAACGACCACAGCGUUGCUGCCCAUGUCGUUGGCGUCAGACCCUACGGUGUCCCACACAGACACCAGCCUCACACCGUUCUUCAUGAGACUCACAACAGAGCUGGGAGUGGCAUUAACGUUGUUGAACAUUGAGAAUCGGAAG